UUUUAAGAUGUUGCAUCUCUCUGUAUGUGGCCCGAGUGAUUCCGUGUUGUGGUUUCUCAUUCUCAUGUGGGACAUCACAUCUGGAAAUCUCUCUUCUCCUAUAUAAUUGUGUGAUAUGACAAUUUAUCGCUGUGUUUGGUUCUCACAUACCACGAGUUUUGGGCAGGAGACGAGGUGCAUUUUCUGAGUGAGGCAGGUCUCUUCUUGAUAUGGCUUCAGAAAUCACCUAUGCAGAAGUGAAGUUCAAGAAUGAAUCCAACUCCUCAGGCACCUACUCAGAUUCUGCUACAGCUCCCAAAGUGAAGCCCACCCCUCAUCUAAGUAAGCCUGGCCGCCCCUCGCUGCUCUUCACAUCACUGAUGGCACUUUUCCUGCUGUUGGCCAUCACAUUCUUGGCUGCUUUUAUCUUUUAUUUUCAAAAAUACUCUCAACUUUUUGAAGAAAAAAAAGCUAUAAGAGAUCUAACUCACAAAGAAUUGAAUUGCACAAAAGACAAUCCACCAAUGGAUGGGAGCAGGUCUCCAAAGGGAUGUCAACCAAACACAGCACAGCAAGUUAUAACAAGACUAGGCACACGCCCUCAUAUCAAGGCUGACCAAGGCAACCCAGUGGGAGGAACACAUCCCAAGAGCAGGUAAGAGUCAGAGACACCC